GCCACAGCUAGCAACCUCACUCGACCGCGCGUACUUGCUUUAGGUGGGUGUCAAUCUCUUACAGGCUACCUAUAUCGCGCCAUAACUGUUGAUAUCGCUUAUCAGUUCAGAGUAGCCGCUUAAUACUUCAGUAACACUAGACCUCUCGGCUGCUACCGACGCGAGUUACCAGAAUGGUGGUCAGUAGAAAUAUCGCGUGGUUUAUUUGUAGUGGUGUAGCGUUAGUGAUAAUUGGUGGUGUUUUAAAUGUAAUCUGGCCGGAGCUAUUCUUUGCGCAGAUUCAAAGGAUGAUGAUCCUGGCGAACGGUUCCACCUCCUUUUACAUCUGGCGUGACAUUCCGAUACCGAUGUAUCUUGAAUGUUUUCUGUUUAACAUAACCAAUGUGGAUGACAUCCUCUCUGGCAAGAAUGUCACCAUAUCAGUCCAGCAGAUGGGGCCCUAUGUGUUUCGGGAGAUACGAAAAAAGGUGAACAUAACAUGGAAUGAUAACAGCACAGUGACGUUCAAGAACCAGAGAUUUUGGCACUAUCACCCUGAGAUGUCGAAUGGCAGCCUGUCCGAUAUGGUCACCAGUAUUAAUCCGAUCGUUGUGACAAUCGCCUACGCGCUACGCAACGAGCGCGUCAUGCUACGUGUGUUCGUUGACAUGGUGAUGAGAAUGGUACACACAAACAUGUUCAUGACAGCCAACGUGUCAUCCUGGUUGUUUGACGGCGUAGAGGAUCCCUUGCUGAACCUUGCCACUAGGAUACCCAAUUUGCCAUAUAGCAUUCCCUUUGAUAGAUUCGGGUGGUUGUACACGCGGAACGGAUCGGCAGAAUUCGAUGGCGUUUUCGUUUCCAACACCGGCGCGUCUGACUUCUUCAAUCUGGGUCUGAUUGAGAAGUGGCAACACACGAAGAGGACGGUAUACCGGGGGAAAUGCGGUGACCUUGAGGGCUCAUCAGGGGAACUGUGGGCCCCCCAACGUGGGCUCAAUGAGCUUCAUAUAUUUGCGCCGGAUAUUUGCACGCACAUGACCCUAACAGCAGAUGGGCCCGUCACCCACCAAGGAAUCGAGGGUAUGCAGUAUAUAGCCAAUGACUCACUCUUUGAUAACGGAUUUAGAUAUCCUGAAAUGUCUUGCUACUGCGACGAGCCACGGGAUAGAAACUGCAUUCGCGGAGCACUGAACGUGUCCGCGUGUCGGUUCGGAGCACCAGCUUUCGUCACUCGGCCGCAUUUCCUUGAUAUGGACCCGUAUUACCCAAACAAGAUAGCGGGAUUGGGCCCUGAAAAGAAACAAAAUUUCAAAAUGGCAAUAGAGCUGAACACUGGCAUGCCCCUGUCCAUAUCUGCGCAACUGCAAGCCAACGCUUUAGUCAGGCAUAUACCAGGUAUGAGUUUAAACAACCAGCUGCCGGACCCAGAUGUCCUAGUGCCAAUGUUUUGGUUUCGUGAAGAAAUUCUAGUCAGCGAGGAAUACGCUAACUUCGCGAAAACAGCACUCAGCGUGAAAUUUGACAGCCCUUACGCGUUCUAUACGCUUAUUGUCAUAGGAUGCUGUUUAAUUAUAGCGGGUAUAUGGAGAUACAGACAAAAUAGAUGCAUAUCAAAGGAAAAUCACAUAUACGAUGCAGCUGCGAUGCAAUCGUUUUUGACAAAUAUUUUAGAAAAAUGAAGUAGCAUUUUUAAACAUGUGGUUUAUACACGUGUAUUAUAUUAAU